AUGGGAUGGCCACUUCUUGGAGAAAGUCUUCAGUUCUUCGCCCCCAACAUGUCAUCUGAUAUUCCUCCAUUCGUCAAAGAGAGAAUGGAAAGGUAUGGGCCCAUAUUCAGAACAAGUUUGGUGGGUCGUCCAGUCAUAGUAUCAACAGACUCAGAUCUUAAUUAUUUCAUCUUCCAACAAGAGGGACACUUGUUCCAGAGCUGGUACCCGGACACCUUCACAGAGAUCUUUGGGCGACAAAAUGUAGGUUCUUUGCAUGGGUUCUUGUACAAAUACCUCAAAAGCAUGGUGCUCGAUCUAUUUGGUCCUGAAAGCCUUAAAAAGAUGAUUCCUGAAGUUGAAGAGACAGCAAGUAGAAACUUGAAAAUGUGGUCAGAUCAGGACUCAGUUGAUUUGAAGGAUGCAACUGCAAGAAUGAUUUUUGAUCUGACUGCAAAGAAACUGAUCAGUUAUGAUCCUGAGAAGUCCUCAGAGAAUCUGAGGGAGAAUUUUGUGGCUUUCAUGCAAGGAUUAAUCUCCUUCCCUUUGGACAUUCCGGGCACCGCAUAUCACAAGUGUAUGCAGGGAAGACAAAAGGCAAUGAAGAUGCUGAAGAACAUGCUACAGGAAAGGCGAUUGAAGCCAAGGAAGCACCGAAGUGACUUCUUUGAUCAUGUCCUUGAAGAACUUCAGAAAGAGGAUACAAUCCUCACAGAAGCAAUUGCUCUGGAUUUGAUGUUUGUGUUGCUAUUUGCCAGCUUUGAGACAACUUCACUGGCUCUGACUUUAGCCAUUAAAUUUCUUGUGGAACAUCCUUUGGUGUUGAAGGAAUUAAGGCAAGAACAUGAGGCAAUUCUUAGAAGACGGGAAAACUUGGAUUCUGGAAUCACUUGGAAGGAAUACAAAUCAAUGACUUUCACAAUUCAGGUAUUCAAUCAAUGUCACUUUCUCUUUUACAAAGCUAGAAAAGAUUUCGAAACCAAUGGCUUGAGUAGCUCUACUGUGCUAAAAGAUCAAUUAAAAUUGCAGUUUAUCAAUGAAACUGUCCGACUAGCAAACAUAGUUCCUGGAAUUUUCAGAAAGACACUCAGAGAGAUCAAGUUUAAAGGCUACACCAUUCCAUCUGGAUGGGCAAUUAUGGUUUGUCCUCCAGCCGUGCACUUGAACCCUGCCAAAUAUAAAGAACCCCUUGAAUUCAAUCCAUGGAGAUGGGAUGGAGUGGAACUAAAUGGUGCAACUAAACAUUUCAUGGCUUUUGGAGGUGGCAUGAGAUUUUGUGUUGGAACAGAGUUCACUAAGGUGCAAAUGGCCGUAUUCAUCCACCACUUGGUAACAAAAUUCGAGUAA